AUGAUUACCUGUGAGGUCAUGCUUCCGGUAUCUACAAGUUGGAUAAUUAUUUCUGUUGUCUAUGCUUCAAAUGAUGAAGUAGAGAGAAGAUUGCUAUGGAAAGAGAUAAAGGAGAUGUCAGUGGACAGUAGAGUGGUUGGGAAGCCGUGGCUAGUUCAAGGUGACUUUAACCAGACGCUAAACCCUCAUGAACACUCCAUAUACGCAGCUCAGAAACUCGAUUCUCGAAUGAUGGAGUUCAGAACCUCCCUUCAUGAUGCGGAUAUCUCAGAUUUGACUUGCAAAGGUGAGACCUUCACGUGGUGGAAUAAGUCAAGUUCUAGACCGGUGGCAAAAAAACUCGAUCGUGCUCUCAUCAAUGAACAUUGGAUGAAUCUGUUCCCGGCUUCCUAUGCGAUCUUUGGGGAACCUGAUUUCUCGGAUCAUGCGUCAUGUGGAGUCGUUCUAGAUCAUGGAUCAACCCACCAGAAGAGGCCGUUCAAGUUCUUUAACUUUCUCUUGCAGAACAAGGAGUUGCUCCCAAUAAUAGCCGAUCACUGGUUCUCUUGCUCUAUUUUUGGAUCGGCAAUGUUCAGAGUCUCCCGUAAGCUGAAGCUACUAAAAAACAUCAUCAGAAAAUUCAGCAAACAGAACUUCUCAGGAAUAGAGAAGAGAACUGAGGAGGCUCAUGAAAGACUGCUUCUUACUCAAGGUAGAGUGCUCGCGGAUCCCUCAACUGAAAAUGCUCAGAAAAAUUGGGGAGUCCUAGCCGCGGCAGAAGAAGCGUUUCUCUGUCAGAAGUCUAGAGUCACGUGGUUGAAAGAAGGAGACUCUAACUCGGCUUACUUCCAUAGAGUGGCAGCGGGUAGGAAAGUGAUUAAUCAUAUCCAUUUUCUGGUGGAUGAAAAUGGGGAACGAAUCGAAACAGAUCAGGGAAUCAGAGAGCACUGUGUGGAGCACUUCCAAAACUUUCUGGGUGGUGAAGAGAGCCAGAAAAUGUUUAUUCAGGAGGACAUUGAUCUUCUAUUGCCAUACAGAUGCUCCGACGUGCAGAAGUCUUUUCUUCAGGCAGACUUCUCGUCAGAGGACAUCAAAACAGCCUUCUUUGAGCUACCGAGAAAUAAAACAUCCGGCCCCGAUGGCUACUCGGCAGAGUUUUUCACUGGUUGUUGGAUUAUUGUAGGUCCAGAAGUAACAGAGGCGGUGAAAGAAUUUUUCAGUUCAGGGAAGCUCCUUCGGCAAUGGAACUCUACAACGCUGGUGUUGAUUCCAAAGAUCUCAAACGCCUCGUCUACUUCGGAUUUCAGGCCAAUAUCCUGCCUCAACACGGUGUACAAAGUGAUCUCAAAGCUGCUUGUCUCGCGACUGCAGACGGUGCUUCUUGACAUCAUAUCUCCUUCUCAGUCUGCGUUCAUGCCCGGUAGACUACUUGCAGAGAACGUUCUUCUCGCCACAGAGAUUGUUCAUGGGUACAACUGGAGAAAUAUUGAGCCGAGAGGGAUGUUGAAAGUGGACCUCAGGAAAGCAUUCGAUUCGGUCAGAUGGGAUUUCAUUACGGCCACGCUCAAGGCUAUAGGCAUGCCGACAUGUUUUGUAAAUUGGAUUGAUCAGUGCAUCUCGACAGCUUCGUUCUCUGUCUCGGUAAAUGGAAACUCGGGAGGGUUCUUCAAAAGCACAAAGGGGCUAAGACAAGGAGACCCUCUCUCCCCUUACCUCUUUGUCCUAGCUAUGGAGGUCUUUUCGAAGUUGCUUCAAUCGCGCUUCGACGCAGGGUAUAUUCACUAUCACCCGAGAACCGCGGAGCUAAACAUCUCACACCUAAUGUUUGCAGAUGAUGUUAUGGUGUUUUUCGAUGGAGGAACGUCUUCCCUGCAUGGGAUUGCAGAAACAUUAGAUGAUUUCGCUUCUUGGUCAGGCUUGCGGAUGAAUAAAGACAAAACACAGCUGUUUCAUGCAGGUGUUACUCAGAAUGAGGCCUCAGCUUUUGGGGACUACGGUUUCACAAUUGGUUCUUUACCAAUCUGUUAUCUCGGGCUACCCUUAAUGCAUAGAAAGCUGAAGACCAUCGAGUAUGAGCCGUUAAUGGACAAGCUAAGAGGCAGAUUUAAAUCCUGGGCAGCUAAAACUCUCUCGUUCGCAGGAAGAGCUCAAUUGAUAGCUUCAGUUAUUUCAGGUACCGUGAAUUUCUGGAUCUCGACUUUCAUGCUUCCUAAAGGGUGCAUUAGAAAGAUAGAAUCUCUCUGCGCGAGAUUCUUGUGGACAGGAACCAUUGACUCUUCGCGAGGAGCUAAAGUGGCAUGGUCAACGGUUUGCUUACCGAAAUCAGAAGGUGGUUUAGGGCUGAGACGCUUCGCUGAUUGGAAUAAAACUCUUUGCUUGAGGUUCAUUUGGUUGCUUUUCUCUGGUAAAGACACGCUAUGGAGUUCUUGGCACAAACACCACUACAUCCAAGAUGCAUCUUUCUGGAGCAUAAAAGAGAAUGUGAGAGCCUCUGCCUCUUGGAACUCAAUUCUAAAGCUGCGAGGAAUAGCAAGGCAGUUUUUGAUAACGAUGACUGGCAAUGGACAGACCACGAGCUUCUGGUUUGAUUGGUGGACGCCGCUUGGACCUCUCUUAGAAGUCAUAGGAGACCAGGGACCAAGGAAUCUGCGAAUCCCCAUUAAUGCAAAGGUCUCAGAGGUAUGCGCCUCUGGCUCCUGGAAUCUGUCGCAACCGAGAUCUGACUUUGAAGUAGCUCUGCAUAUCCACCUGACUACGAUCCCGGUCCCAGCCGCCUCUAUGCGUGAUGACUACUAUGGCUGGAUGGUAAACAAGGAAAUAUGUGUGGGAUAUGAUGCUUAUAAAACAUGGGAAGUGAUGCGACCGAGAUCAGAGGUGAAGCAGUGGUCUUCUUCUGUUUGGUUCAAGGGGGCAGUCCCUAAGCAUGCUUUUAAUAUGUGGAUUUCCCAGCUUGAUCGCUUACCAACAAGAGCGAGACUAGCUUCGUGGGGCAUCAUUCAACAUGCAGACUGCUGCUUCUGCGGCAGAGAAGUGGAGACAAGAGAUCAUCUGUUCGUCCGGUGCCCUUUCUCCAAGCUAAUCUGGUCGAGUGCUCUCCAGAAAAUCAAUCCCAGACCGAGACACUUUCAAAAUUGGUCUGAGAUACUCUCUUGGACUCGAAACGACUCAAACAGAGCCCCAACUUUAUUGCGGAAGAUUGUGGCUCAAGCAGUGGUGUACCAUAUUUGGAGACAGAGGAACAAUAUCAUUCACAAUGGAUGUAACAUUCCUCAGGAAACCAUCUCGAAAGCGAUUUACCGAGAAAUCAUCAACACUAUCACGGCUAGAAGGAAGAGGAGGCGUUUCAAUGGUCUCAUGACCCUUUGGCUUAGAUAA